CAGAACAGCACACACUGCAGUCCCUCUUGUACUACAGUUCUUCUGCUGUUCUCACUCCAGAUGCUGAGAGUAAGCUUGUGACAACCAUGGAUGCUACACUCACCUCAAGUCAUGUGACUAGACACAACUCUGCCAUCAGGAUCUACAUGGCUCAUUGUGAUGUGAACUGAAGCAGCAUGACCACUGGGCAGUAUGUCUGGCAUCUGAAGUAAAGAACACACUUGACGAAGCAAUACCAGCUUGAUGCAAGACAUUAUUGAACAGAGAGUAGGUGCUUGCCCUUCCCAGAAGAAUAUUUGGCGAAUGGGGAGUGGCUCCUCAGAUGAAAACAUAAGUACAAGAAAAAUUAAGUUACAAACAUCUUUCCCCCCAAUACACCUCAGUCUUAUCUCCAACUCUAAACCCCUGGAUAAGAAAUCCAAGGAACAUGCAUCAAAUUCAGAUCUCUCGAGACAAAUGCGAGGAGACAAAAUCAAUUUGCCGCAGGUGGAAAAGGCAUCAGAAAAACCCCCUAAGCCUGCCAAGUCAUUCCCUGACAAGUCUAAAUAUCCCAAGGAUUUUGGAUGUAACAUUAGCAAUCUCGCAAGCACUCUUACAUUUCCAUAUGAGGGACAAAAAGACUGUAGACUCGAAAAACAAACUUGGCUGGAGGUUCCACUUCCAAAGACAGCCUCAGAACGAUUGUCUCCAGAGAUUGUCAAGGUUCCGGAUUGUCAGUCAUGCAAGAGUGAGAAAAGAAUCAGAAGUAAUUAUGACAAGAUCCUAUUACAGACAAAGAUGGAAAAGGAGGCCUUGCAACUGAAGGUUAACGAGUUAGAGGAUGAGUUGAGAAGACGAGAAGAAGUUAGUAAGAAAGCAAAGGAAGAACAAGAAGACAUCACCAUCAAUUUGGAUCAGACAAACGAAGGCUGUGUCAUCAUGGAUGGCUGUGACAAUAAUCCCAAUAAUAAAUGUGCUGUUAAUUGGGGAAAAUAUAGAAAACUGGAAAAGAGUAACAAAGACAAACAAGAGAAGAUUGACUGUCUACUGAUAGAAAUUGAGAAGCUAAAUGCAAACCUCAGUACAAGACUGCAAGCUGAAAGGAACCAGGAACAACUGUUUAACAGUAAGAAAAGCAAAUUAGUUUCUGAUAUGGAAGACUUAAAGUCACAGUUUGAGAAGGCGAAAGAGCGUGACAUACUGAAAGUUUCCUGUCUGGAGAGAGAGAAGGUAGAAACACUUACACAUCUGGACAAUGCAAAUACUGAACUGGAGAAGUUGAGGAAAAGACGUUCACUAGUAAUAGCCGAGUUACAAAAGGAAAAGGAUUGCUGUUUGCUGGAGAUUGAGAGGCUGAAAGCUUAUUCUGAGAAGGUGAUGAUAGAGAACGCGUCUCUAACAGAAAGCAUCAGGGUCUUGCAGCAGGAAAUGGAGAAGAGGUCAAUGUCUUCCAUUUUCAGUCCCCAGGUGUAUGCAGCCAGAGCUGAGGUUCUGCUCAUUUCCCACCAGUCCUUCCCAGAAAAUACUCAUGCAGGUGCCGCAGACCACACAUUCCCUGAGAUUUGCAGUUGUGGCAGAAGCCUUCAGAAUUUAAGUUCAUCUUCCAAUAAAAGUGCAGUGACUCAGGCAGAGGAAGCCGUGACAGUGAAAGAGAUCUACAAGCAAAUGAAGCGAGAGAGGAACCUGUUAUUAGAUGUCAUGGUUAUUAUGUAUGAGAGAAGAUGGUUCGUGGAUGAAGCUAUCCCACACGUCAGGAGGGCCCUGAGAAAAUGUGGAGCACUAUCAGCUCAUACAGAAUAGAAGUGGAAAAUGUGUGAUAUUUAUUGAAGUAUCCGGACUGAUGUUUGGUGUCACUACCAGGGAUCACUGCGCUACACUGCUGCACAGGGUCUGGAGCAGACGGUGUUAGUGGUUACAUUUUUUGCAGGAGUUUAUACAAUCCUAAAAAUACAGUGUUGCUCUUCUGUAUUUUUGUGAGACUAAAUGGAACAAUUUCCUUGAUUAUGUACUAAAAUGUAUAGUACCAGUUAUACAAUGGCUAUUAACAGUUACUAAAAUAGGGUCUGCUUAGGGCAUAACGGAGCCCUGAUCCAGCACUGCAUAACCAUACUAUGUGGUGACUGAAGAAACCAAUACAUUAAUAUUUAAACCUAACGUCUGACUUUGGGACUAGAUCACUAAAGGCAAAAUACAAUGCUUAUGUUCUACAUUUCUGUAUACGUGCAGAAGAAAGUAUAGGUACAGCUGUCUCUACAGAAAGAUUUUCUUUGAUUUUUGUACAUAUCUGUAUUUUUUACUGUGAGCGCAAGAUGCGCGCGUUCUACUCAGCGAAGAGAAAAAUUAAACAACUGUAAAGCGCAAUGGAAUAUGCUGGUGCUGUAUAAGCAAAUAAUACUAAUAAUGCAUUACAUAUACAGGGUGAACUAAAAGUAGGUGGACAGUUGAUGGAAUAGAGUUUGUGUGGAUUGAAAGGUAGACUUCAAAGCUGUAUAAAUAGUGAUGGACAGCAGUUUGAGAACCUGCGUUGAUAAAAUAGGUGAUAAAAAUUUGAGUGCUUUGGUAUUGUAUUAGUAAAUAUAAUUGUAUAUGUAAUCUCAAAGUAUAUGUUAUCAUUUACUGUCCACCUACUUUUGGUUCACUAUAUAUUGUAACACUGUAGGGGUGCAAGGCGCCUUUUCCUGGGGAAUAUGGUAGCACGCAGCAGCUGAGGAACAACACAAGUCCAGUUUCUGGUACAACUGACCCCGGCCAGUUUUAUUGAAACAGAAAAUAAAACAAACCCCAAAAUAAAAAUACCUUGCCUGUCCGGCACUAACUAAACAUAAGAUAUUCCUAACUGUCACUAAACAAAACACAGAGUUCUUCAGUACAUACUGUAUAGCUUACUUGCAUCAGAAAGCGUGUCUCUCACACACAGAUCCCUCAGCCUUCCCAGGCAGUCUGCCCAUACUAAUCAGGUUAGCAGCACUAUAAACACACUUACACAGCUGAAACCCUGAUUAGCCCUCUGUGAGGCCAAAGACCCGAACUGGGCCCAAUGUCUAGAACUCGCCUUAUCUCUCUCUCAGAGCCUUUACCCAGCUUUUACAGCAAACUGAAAAGGUUCAGACAAAACAAAAAGCAUUUUUCCUAGAAGUUAACAUUUUCUAAAACAUGUAAGACAAGAACCUGGGACAAAUAUACCUGCCCUCAAACACUAUCCCAGUGUUCUUGUCACAAUAUAUACACCUAAGGGCCUAAAUGAACAGUCGGGGAUCUAUGCAUGUAUCUGACUAGGGUUCUGCUUUUCCUCCUUAUCCUUAUUUUAUUGUCUUACUGUUCAACAAUGUUUUAUAAAAAUUUUGUAAGCUGUAUUAAUAUGUCAUCUUGGAAAUUUACAGUUAUGCAUCCUCCUGUAAACUUCAUUGUAUUCCGUUUUUCUAUAUGUUUGUUUUGUUAGGCGGCUAUGGCAACGGGCAGCGGUUGAUGACGUCCUUUGUGGACGACGUCCCUCUGAUUUCCGGAUGCCGCCGUCAACACGUGGGUUACCUGGGGUAUAAGGUGAGAUGGUUUUUCAUUGUAUGUUGUGCCUGACGAUGAGGGAAUAAAUCCUUUGAAACGUUGCUAUACUUCUGCUUCUGUGCGUAUUAUUGACUGAGUGCCGUGGAUGAUUUCUUUGGAUAUAUUGGUGUAUUGCCUGUGCACCUACCGCUGGCACCGGGACUUUUUACUCUUAUCUACAACAGGUGUGCUGUCCG